UCUCGUCAGGAAACAGAUUCCGAUUUUACCUCUCAUGCUACAAUCUUUAUUGCUCUUCCAGUGGAAAAGCGACUUUGCUCUCUUAUCACCAGCGUCCAGGAGAAAAGGAUUCCUGGCCCCCUGUCCCAUUGAAAAGCGUAAUUUACAGAACUCUGUAGUUAUUGGUGGACGAAACGCAAUGGAACCUGCCUUUGGGGAGGUAAAUCAGUUAGGAGGCGUUUUUGUCAAUGGCAGACCACUGCCUAAUGCCAUCCGCUUGAGAAUCGUGGAACUUGCACAGCUGGGUAUCAGGCCUUGUGACAUCAGUAGACAGCUCCGGGUUUCUCACGGUUGUGUCAGCAAGAUUCUGGCCCGAUACAACGAAACUGGCUCCAUAUUACCGGGAGCCAUCGGAGGAAGUAAGCCGCGCGUCACUACCCCUACUGUGGUCAAACACAUAAGGACCUACAAGCAAAGGGACCCUGGUAUUUUCGCAUGGGAAAUUCGAGACAGACUUCUGGCAGAUGGGGUGUGUGACAAAUUCAAUCUCCCUUCUGUUAGCUCGAUCAGCCGGAUCCUCCGCAACAAGAUUGGGAAUCUGUCUCAACAGAACCAGUACGAGUCCACUAAGCAGGCGCCGCACCCUCCUCCACAGCCGACUCUGCCCUAUAACCACAUCUACUCGUACCCUACUCCAAUUGCUGCAACCGGGGCUAAAGUGCCUACUCCGCCCGGAGUUCCAGCCAUCCCCGGACACAUGGCUAUGCACAGGAUAUGGCCCUCCUCGCAUUCCGUCACCGAUAUUCUGGGCAUCAGAUCAAUCACAGAGCAACAAAUUAGUGACAGUUCCUCCUAUCCCAGUGCCAAAGUAGAAGAUUGGAACACACUAAACAGGACUAAUUUUCAGCCGCCAACCUCGCCUGUACUCAAUGGCCUGGAUAAAGCUCACUUAGAACAAGAAGCAAAAUACACACAGGCGCCGAAUGGAUUGCCCACAGCGAACAGCUUUGUCUCAGCACCCAGCAUGGCUCCCUACCACCCACCCACCCAAGUGUCACCUUACAUGGCGUACAGCGCCACCACGUCGGGCUAUGUGACAGGCCACACGUGGCAGCACCCCAGUGGCAGUGCCCUCUCUCCCCACAACUGUGACAUCCCCGCACCCCUUCCCUUCAAGAGCAUGCCCAGUGCCAGGGAGAGCAGCCACCCGGUCACAGCCUCCGUGCUCUAACGCGACGCCCGGCCCGAAGGCAGAGCUCGGAGCGCACAGGGUGCAGAGAGCGCACAGAAGAGCACACUGCAAGCCCAGUGCUUCCCUUCUCUGCUCUCCGACUGCUCACCCCAUGGAACUUUUUGGGGGAACUUCCAGAAGCUUCUCAUAUCUUACAUAUACCCCAUCCAGCUGCAUAAGGACCUGCCAAAGGCCAAUAUCUUUUUCUUUUAGAAAAGAUUUCUGCUCCUCCAUUCCUCCCCUUCCUUUCCACAAGAAGGAGAAGCAUGGAGUUUAACAUCCUGUGCAUUCCAGCACUGGCCAUUACUGAGCACCUAAUGGAACAUGCUAACUCUAGAAGAUAUGACCCAGGUGGCCAAACAACCCUGCUGUUUUAAAGCAUUAAUUUAUACAAAACACAGCCCAUGGGGCUGAAGGCAAAGACAUAAUUUCCUUCUAAUCUAGUUGUUAAGUCAUUCAGUAUAUCUAGGAAAAUGCAAGUCCUUUUUUUCUACUUGUUCAUGUGCACUUCUGCCAAUUUUGUCAAAUGGCAUUCUGCAACCUAAAAUAAAUAAAACAUUUUUAUAUAUUAUGGUAAUUUCAGUUUGCAUACAAACUAUUUCAGGGUCUUAUUUUUUAACAUUAUCAUUAUUGUUUUUUUUAUCUUAUGCUCCUUGAAUAUGAAAGCGAUUUUCUCCCCACUAAAUAAUCUUAAGAACGUCUAAAAGAAGAUUCUUCAAAGUGGGUUAUCAGUUAACAUUAAUCAAUAACAAAAUAAGAUUUUUUGUAACUUUGGCCAGAUCACCUUUAUUUAUUACAGACAGGAGAGUACGUUGAGCAAAAAGUGUAAUUAGGGUUAAGUAACAUGAAAUGUGUUUUAACUACAGUAUGGAAAUUCUCUCCAUUAAAAUGGAGGCAGACCAAAUGUUUUUUUUCAUGAUGUGUGUAUAAUGAAUUUUAAAGAUUAGCUGUGCAAACUCAAACUUUGUACAAUAAAUCUGAAUGCAUCAUAGAUAAACAAAGUAGCUCUUUAGGGUAAUAAGGCCCAAUUUUAAGUGUACAUGGGUGUCACAUAAUAAAUAACACUUCAAAAGUGUGACAAAACCUGUACCUGAAAGUGAAUAAUGCAUGUUUGAUUAUAAACACCACUAAAAAUGCCAUUCUACUGCAACUGUUAUCCAUACUGUUUUAAAACAACUACUUAAAAUUGACCUUGAUCAAAAAUGUCAGGAUAUACAGAAUUAAUCAAAAGUAAAAAAAGCAACAUGUUCUAUUUAUGUCUGAAAGGAGUGGUGUAAUUGUGAAGACUGUUGAGUGGAAGAAACUACAAUGGUCCUUUCUGAAAUCAAAGCUGUACUUGACUGACGAUAAAGCUUUAUUAUUAGAUAUAUUAUUAUGUAUCUUGUGUUUUUUGUAAAUACAAAGAACCAGAUUUAUUUUUCUAAACUGCUGUUGCGUGUUUGCUUUUGUUUCUCAUGCCUUCUCCUUCACCUUUAGAUUCUGACACAAUGGUGGGCUGACAGGUGGGCUCUCCACCCAACCUUGGCACGUCCGUUUAGAUCUUGAUCUUCAAAGAAAGGUUUUUUUUUUCACGAGGGCAGGGCAAUCAGCAAUGGGGCA